CUCCCCCAGCUUGGGCCGCUCACUCUGCUGGGAUCCGAACCCCACAGAAGCCAUGGAGGCCAUCAAGAAGAAGAUGCAGAUGCUGAAGCUGGACAAGGAAAACGCCAUCGACCGUGCCGAGCAGGCUGAGGCGGACAAGAAGGCUGCCGAGGACAAAUGCAAGCAAGUGGAAGAGGAGCUGACGCACCUCCAGAAGAAACUCAAGGGAACGGAGGAUGAGCUGGACAGGCAUUCCGAGGACCUGAAGGACGCGCAGGAGAAGCUGGAGCUGGCGGAGAAGAAAGCCUCCGAUGCUGAAGGAGAUGUGGCCGCUCUCAACCGCCGCAUCCAGCUGGUGGAGGAAGAACUGGACCGGGCGCAGGAGCGACUGGCCACAGCCCUGCAGAAGCUGGAGGAGGCGGAGAAGGCUGCGGAUGAGAGCGAAAGAGGCAUGAAGGUGAUAGAGAACCGAGCCAUGAAGGACGAGGAGAAGAUGGAGAUACAGGAGAUGCAGCUGAAGGAGGCCAAGCACAUCGCCGAGGAGGCUGACCGCAAGUACGAGGAGGUAGCUCGAAAGUUGGUCAUCCUGGAGGGUGAGCUGGAGCGAGCGGAGGAGCGAGCAGAGGUGUCAGAACUAAAGUGUGGCGACCUGGAAGAGGAACUCAAGAAUGUCACUAACAACCUGAAGUCCCUGGAGGCUGCGUCUGAAAAGUAUUCUGAGAAGGAGGACAAGUAUGAAGAAGAAAUUAAGCUUCUGUCUGACAAGCUGAAGGAGGCGGAGACUCGAGCUGAGUUUGCAGAGAGGACAGUUUCUAAACUGGAGAAGACAAUUGAUGACCUGGAAGAAAAACUUGCCCAGGCCAAAGAAGAGAACGUGGGCUUACAUCAGACACUGGACCAGACACUAAACGAACUCAACUGUAUAUAAACCAAACUGGAGGGAAGAGUCCUGUUCUGACACCGCUGGACUGCAGAGAGCGCUGUGUCGUCCUCUCUUGUCAGAAGAUUCUCUUCUUAGUAUGUCUCCACCUUGCUGGAAAUGCCAAGCAGAUAACGAAUUCAUGACCAAAUAUUUUGUAUCAGAAAAGCUUUGAGCACCAGUUAAGUUUAAUUCUUUUCCUUUCAAAUGGCACCAGCUUCUUCAG